AUGAACCAGCUCAGCAAUAAUCACCUUCGACAAAGCGAGUCAGACCAGGUCCUGGGCGAUGGCACCCUGAAAGCCAAAGUCGUCGAUAUGGAGAACACAAAAUGCGGCACUAAGUUCGAACCAUUAGAUACGACUCCUGUGCAAGUCAGUAUCAAAAACCAAGACCUCGAGGCUCUGGAGAAAGACCAUGACAACCUCUGCACCACAUCAAACCCGGCACAGGAGAUUCUUCCUCAGAUUUGGGGCCGGGGAGACACUGUUGAAUCAUGUCAAUACCCUGCCGUCGAAGACCCGAUCAACCCGGCACGAAUACUUACCAAUGCGAACCUUCGAAAGCAGCGCAUCAUAUUCAUGAUCCUGAUCGUCAUUUUGAACAUCGUCAUGGCGGUAAUUACGAUUUUUGCCAAAGAGUCGAAACUCAACUUGAUUGUGGUUCUACUUUUCAAAAGCAAGGACUUCCUUUCGGCUCUUGUGUCCAUGCUGGGCAUGAUUUUUAAUGGCCUACGCCGUCAGGUCCGGCAUCUGGAGCCUGUUUCCCAGCGCUGGAUACUCUCUCUCAUACCGGCCUACUCUGAGAGUGAAGAGCAGAUUGUGAAGACAGUCUACUCUCUCCGAGACAACGACGUUGAACCCCAUCGCCAAGUCAUGGUGAUAGUUCUUGACGGAAACCCGAGAGAUGUACGAUCACACAUGACGAGGGUGGUGCGCGAGUUUGAACGCCCUUAUAUCAGCUUGAAGUGGAAGAGAGGCAUUCUUCGCAUCACGGUUGGCUUUAUGGAAGAUGUUCCGGUCAUUGUUAUCGAAAAGGUGCAGAAUGCCGGUAAAAAGGACUCUCUCAUCCUCUGUCACGAUCUCUUUAACCACCCUCGCAAAAGCUCACCACUUUACACCCAGCUUCUAAGAGAAGAGAUGUGGCAGGAGAUUCUUCCGAUCCUCACCGAAGGGCCCAACUUCAACGGGUUCGACAUGGUCUUCUGCACGGAUGCGGACUCAACCAUCCACAAGGGUGCCAUAGCCAGAUUGGCCAAUGCUAUCGCACGAGACAAGCACGCCAUCGCAGCUUGUGGCUUAGUUCUUGUAGAGUUGGAACCUGGAUACGAAUGGUCGUUUUGGAAUCUCUACCAGCAAUUUCAGGUCUGUAACCUCUACCGGAUUCCCGGGCACCAUACUUACUCGGCGCAGUAUACUUAUGGACAGUAUGUUCGAAGACGAGCGGAAGGCAUGGUGGGAAAAGUAACCUGCCUCCCCGGCUGUAUUACGAUGAUUGCAGUCCGGGAAGAGAUGGCAGGAGCAAUAGAAAAGUAUGCCGAACCAGUCACCGAGCACCUCGUGCUUCCACACCAAGUGCAGUAUCUGGGAACUGAUAGACGGCUCACAUAUUCUAUGCUCUCUCAGGGCAAGCACCUACGCACUCUGUUCGAACCUGACGCCGUCAGCGAGACCGUCGCGCCUCAAUCGAUUCAGCACUAUCUCAGCCAGCGGCGAAGAUGGGGUUCGAAUGCAUAUUUUAAUAAUUACUUCUAUACGGCCGGGAAAAAGAUGAUUCUCAUAACUCGCAUCGCCUCCAGCAUCGAGGUCAUGCGACUCAGCAUGGUCUACUACCGAGUUCUCAACACGGCACUAUUCAUAUGGUCACUUACUUCAUCGCAUGUUACCAUCUUGCAGUUGGUUCCGAUGCUCAUAAUCGGCCAACUCCCAACCCUUUGGUUCUUUUGUUCCAUCGUCAUCGAGGCCGAAUUAAGAAAACGAGCGCACAAGCUUAUAAUAGGAUUUCUUGUCAACAAAAUGAUCUCGCCAUUCAUGUCAACAAUUAUCUUUAGCAAAGUUGCGGCAAAUCUAGGGAGUCAAGCGUGGGGCAUGUCAGGAGUGACGGCAUCCACGGCGGUCCCAGCUGCCGAUCCUCCUUCCGAGGAGAGUGGUCAAGAAUCUGCAGAUCUCUCAGCGGCGGAGAAUGGAGAACGCCAUUUACCCAUAACAACAGGCUCUGGGAAUGAUGAGGAGGCCAGGGAGUCGGUGAUGUGUCGACAUGACGUAGAAACUCUGCGUCAAGACAAUAAUUAAAAAGUAAAGAACGAAUUCGCCAAGAGUGGGCAAUGAGUGAGGGAUGAAAAUGCCAACACGAUGACGCAGCUGUGUAAUGAAUACUUUCCCACGGCU